GUCCUCCUGCACUCAAGGAAGGAUACGUUUAGCUUCACAGUGCCAAGUAACCGCAAAGUCGGGGUUAGAAGGACUUCGUAGUCAAUAAUGGCAGUAUUCCGAAUACUUUUGGGUUUGAGUGCCAAAGUGCUUUUGGCUGUCUUUUUUCUUCUUCUCAUUUUGUUUCUCGGUUUCUGCUUGUACAUCAAGCGAAUUCACAUGAGAUUUGAUCACAUACCUGGGCCACCGAGAGACAGCUUUUUCCUCGGACAUUCACCAACCUUUUUGAGGAUUAUGAAAAAAGGUGGAAUUAUACACGACCAAUUCCUGGAAUGGUCGGAGAUUUACGGACCUGUUUACAAGGUGCAUGUUUUGCAUUUCGUUUUUCUGUGUGUAACCUGUCCAGAGGCCACUAAGGAAAUAUUAAUGUCCCCAAAGUACCCAAAGGACAAAUUCCUCUACAAGAAACUCUUCAAUCUGUUUGGUCAAAGGUUUUUAGGCAAUGGACUUGUAACUGCACAGGACCACCAGCUGUGGUACAAACAGCGACGGAUCAUGGACCCUGCCUUCAGCAGCUUGUACUUAAGAGGUCUGAUGGGGACCUUCAAUGAAAGGGCAGAGAAUCUGAUGGAUAAGCUCUCAGAGGUUUCUGAUAAUAAGACGGAGGCCAACAUGCUGAACCUGGUCAACUGCGUUACUCUUGAUGUUAUUGCUAAGGUUGCUUUUGGGGUGGAUUUGGAUCUCCUUGCUGAUAGCUCACGUUUCCCUAAAGCCAUCGAGAUGUGCCUCAAAGGGAUGGUGUACUAUAUUAGAGACAGUUUGUUCCAGCUCAAUCCAAAGAACUGGCCUUUCAUAAAUGAGGUGACGGAGGCGUGCCGCCUGCUGCGCACAACUGGGGCCGAGUGGAUCCACACCCGAAAGACAGCCAUGCAGAACGGCGAGGAUGUUCCCAAAGACAUCCUCACGCAGAUCAUCAAAACGUCAGCUGCAGAAGGAAAGAUGACUGAGGAAGACGAGGAGUUCAUGUUGGACAAUUUUGUGACAUUCUUCAUUGCAGGCCAGGAAACGACAGCCAAUCAGCUGGCUUUCUGCAUCAUGGAGCUUGCAAGACACCCAGAAAUUCUGGAGAAAGUGAAGAAAGAGGUGGAUGAUGUGAUUGGAAUGAAAAAGGACAUAAGCUACGAUGACCUUGGCAAAAUGAUUUACCUCUCACAGGUGCUAAAAGAGACCCUGAGGAUCUACCCAACGGCUCCAGGCACAUCCCGUGACAUUCUUGAAGAUACGGUUAUUGAUGGUAUCAGGAUACCGGCGGGAGCCAGCUGCAUGUUCAGCUCCUAUGUGUGUGGGAGGAUGGAAAAAUUCUUCAAGGACCCUUUAACCUUUGAUCCAGACAGAUUUCACCCAGAGGCUCCCAGGCCUUAUUACUGCUACUACCCCUUUGCCCUGGGCCCACGCUCAUGUCUGGGAAAGAACUUUGCUCAGAUGGAGGCCAAAGUGGUGAUGGCCAAGCUGCUCCAGAGGUUCGACUUCUCCCUUAUCCCGGGACAGAGCUUUGACAUCCAGGACACCGGCACGCUGAGGCCCAAGAGUGGAGGACAUUCACCGACUUUUAUGAAGAAAAUGAAGAGCGGACUUGUGCACGACCUCUUUCUGGAGUGGAGCGAGACCUACGGCCCCGUUUACAGGCUCAAUUUCUUGCAUCACGUCAGCGUGUGUGUGACCUGUCCAGAGGCGACCAAGGAAAUCUUGAUGUCCCCAAAGUACCCAAAGGAGAAGUUUGUCUACAAGAGACUAUUUAACCUCUUUGGUCAAAGGUUCUUUGGCAACGGUCUUAUAACGGCUCGGGACCAUGACCUUUGGUACAAACAGCGGCGGAUCAUGGAUCCUUCAUUCAGCAGCCUGUACUUGAGAGGUCUGAUGGGGACCUUCAAUGAGAGGGCAGAAAAGCUGAUGGAUAAGCUCUCAGAGGUUUCUGAUAAUAAGACAGAGGCUAACAUGCUGAACCUUCUCAAUUGUGUUACUCUUGAUGUUAUUGCUAAGGUUGCCUUUGGGAUGGAUUUGGACCUCCUGACAAAUAGCUCGCCGUUCCCCAAAGCCAUCGAGACCGUCCUGAUAGGGAUGACAUACUACGUCAGAGACUUUUUGUUUCAGCUCAAGCCAAAGAACUGGACUUUUGUGAAUGAGGUGAAGGAAGCCUGCCGUCUCCUGCGCGCCACUGGAGCCAAGUGGAUCAACAAGAGGAAGACUGCCAUGCGGAACGGCGAAGACGUCCCCAAAGACAUCCUGACGCAGAUCAUCAAAACGGCGGCUGAAGAGGAGAACAUUACACAAGAAGAUGAGGAGUUAAUGCUGGACAAUUUCAUCACGUUCUUCAUUGCCGGGCAGGAAACGACAGCCAAUCAGCUGGGUUUCUGCGUCAUGGAACUUGGAAGACACCCUGAAAUACUGGAGAAGGCGAAGAAAGAGAUAGACGAUGUGAUCGGAAUGAAAAAGGACAUAAGCUAUGACGAUCUUGGCAAAUUGACUUACCUCUCACAGGUUCUGAAGGAGACUCUGAGAAUCUACCCGACAGCUCCAGGGACAUCGCGAGACAUUCCUGAAGACAUUGUCAUCAACGGCGUCCGUAUUCCAGGGGGGGUCAGCUGCUUAUUCAGCUCUUAUUCGUGCGGGAGGAUGGAAAGGUUUUUCAAGGACCCCUUGACAUUUGAUCCAGACAGGUUUCACCCGGACGCUCCAAAGCCUUAUUACUGCUACUACCCCUUUGCCCUGGGCCCACGCUCAUGUCUCGGACAGAACUUUGCUCAGAUUUCAUUUGUGGAGAAAAUAAAUGAAAUAAUGACACCUGUCAUAUAG